GCAUUUAACACCGAGCCAGAAAGCUCAGAGUAUGUGCCGCGGCUGCUAAAAGUAUCAAGUAUCACGAAGACCCAACUACUUACAUAAAAUGGCUCAAACCUGUUUUGCGGUUACCAUCCUGGCGGUCCUGCUACUGGCACAAGGCAUCGCAGCCAAACGAGGAUGUUCAGCAUUCGGUCACUCCUGCUUCGGAGGGCACGGCAAGAGGUCUGACAUUGCCGCCAUUGACCAGACGAACCAAGACCUGAUAGCCCGUCACCAGCUGGGCCAGGAAGAGACGCCCCCCCACCCAGGCUACCCUCACUCCGGGUACAGCGGCCUGCUGCCCCUGGGAGACGACAUUAUACCCGUCAGAGAUGGUGGUGUGUACGACCGAGAGGAUGGCGCCUCCCGGGACGCCAUCAAGUUCAAACUUCGGAACAUCGUCAAGCAUUGGAUGGACAAUAUGAGGCGGCAGCAGAAUAACGACGACGCAUACAUCAUCGACAACUUGUAAACCCACACUGUUUCGCUUACGGUUGCCACCUGCCGACUAGAAAAACAAUUGACAACUUUCUAAA